GUUGAGCAGUGAUAUUCAACAGAUCACCACAGGAAGCCCAAACUACUUCAACAAGGAAAAAGGAUUUCCCAGCUUCUGUUUACCUGCAGAACACCCAGCUUCCUCAGGUGACAGAGGGACAUUAGCUGCCGCCUUUCUUUCCCAUUUGGACGUAAACACGUUGAUAUUUUACCCAGCAGGCUGUGCAGAUGGACAGAGGCAUGUCUGUGUCUCUGUGGUGUGAGGAGGUGGAGGACCAGAGUCAGGACCAGAACCAGACUGAGGCCCAAACCCAGGGCUCGUCUCAGCUGCGAGCCGCCUGGGACCCCACCGUGUCCGGCCAUCGUGUGAUCCAGAGGCUGCUUCAUGUGGAGGAGAGGUACAUGCCCUCCAUACUCUACAUCACCCUCAUCCAGCGGGAGCCAGAGCGUAGGGAGGAGCUCGCCAAAUGGGCCCUGGAGGUGUGCUGUGAGUGUGGCUGUGAUGAGGCAGUGUUCCCCCUGUCUGUCUCUCUGAUGGAUAGGUUCCUGUCAGACUCUUUGGCUCUACCUGUGUCACCAUACUGCCUGGCUGCCGGCUGCAUCCUCAUCGCCUCCAAACUCACAGAGUGUGACAACGUCACCGCUGACACUCUCUGUGCUGCAGCUGAAUACAGCUUCCAGCCUUCGGACCUGAGGGAGAUGGAGCGUGUCAUCCUCGCCACCCUCCGAUGGGACACAGCAGCAGUGACUCCGCAGGACUUCCUCCCACACUUUCUUGCCUCCGUGGAGGAGAGAGGAGAUGGAGACAGUGGUGACUGUAAGGAGGGGCUGCUCUCCACCCUGCGGCGGCACAGCGACACGCUGGCUGCCAUGUGUGCCUGUGACUCCCGCUUUCUGGGAGCUCCACCGUCACUUGUUGCUGCGGCAUCACUGAACUGUGCUCUGAGGGGUCUGGGCAACAAGGGCCCCGCUCAGCUGGCUGUAAUGAGUGAUGCACUGGCCGAGCUCUGCCAGGCUGAUCUGGUAGUGCUGCAGUGCUACAGUGACAUGAUCGAAUAUGCCCUCCGACAGCGGCUGAGGAGUGGGCUUCAGCAGGGCCCCAUGGAGAAGGAUGAAGAGGUGGAGAACGAAAGACCCGGGACACCUACUGACAUGAGAGAGAUUGAUUUCUAAACACUGAAUCAACUGUUGCAUUGAAAGUGUGAAUCAAUCAAAACCUUUCAUCAAAGUUCAUCAGUCAAACUGAUAUAUAU